AUGACUGACAGCGUCAAGUGUGCAUUUGUGCUUGGAAUCGAGCUUUUGGACGGCGCAGAUGGAAGUGUGACACUAUGUCAGCAUCGGUAUGUAGAUGACAUACUCAAGCGCUUUGGUAUGGAUGAUUGCAAGGCCGUCGCAAGUCCAGUCGACAUGAGCUCUCGACUUGUUUCAAGUGAUGCAGCCACCAAGGUCGAUGCUCCUUUUCGCGAAGCUGUUGGUGUGUCGAUGCACCUGACCACUGCAACGCGCCCGGAUAUUGCGUUCGCCGUGGGCUAUGUGUCGCGAUUCAUGGAGAACCCCCGAGAAGAACACUUGGUUGCGGUCAAGCGCAUCUUCCGCUACCUACAAGGCACCAAGAUGCACGAAAUCUGCUAUAAGCUAAACAACAAGAUCGAAUUCCGUGGAUAUUCGGAUGCGGACUGGGCUGGUGAUCUUACCGACCGCAAGUCAACCUUGGGGUACACGUUCAUGCUACUUGGUGCGCCAGUGAGUUGGGGCAGCAAGAAACAGCCAAGUGUUUCGUUGUCCACGACUGAAGCUGAAUACAUCGCACUCAGCUUGACGAUUCAAGAGGGCAAGUGGAUUCAUCGUCUGCUUUGUGAGAUCGUGAUGGCUGCCAGUUAA